AUGCUCAACCGACUCAAUCUUCUUGCUCGCCACGUUUCUCGCCCCUUCGGAUCGCCCCGUCCUGUUGCCUCGGCUCUUUCAACAUCGUCCUUGGUCCCGCGCCCAGCUCCGUCCGCGAUGACAUCAGCCGCGCACGCAAAGCCCAUCCACACGGCUGCUUGCCUGAUUAUCGGCGAUGAAGUGCUCGGUGGAAAGACCAUCGACACCAAUUCUCCGUUCCUGGCCAAGUUCUGCUUCGGCCUCGGCAUCCAGCUGAAGCGCGUGGAGGUGAUUCCAGACGAUGAGGAGGAUAUUAUGGAGGCAGUGCGUCGCAUGAGCGCUCGCUACGAUUUCGUCGUCACCAGCGGAGGCAUUGGCCCAACACACGAUGAUAUCACCUACCAAUCCAUCGCCAAGGCCUUCAACUUGAAGUUGCAACUACACCAGCCCGCCUUUGAGCGUAUGAAGAAACUGUCCCGGCCGCACCCCAUGCAGCCCAACUUUGACUGGGAGACUCCCUCCCCUGGCCUGACUGCAAAACUGCGCAUGGUCGAGCUACCCUUCGACCCGGCGAUCCCAGCCGAGCACCAGGCUCUCUUCGUCGCUGACGACAUGUGGGUGCCCAUCGCGGUGGUCAAUGGCAACGUGCAUAUCCUCCCCGGCGUGCCCCGCCUGUUCGAGCGCCUGCUGCAGAACUUGAAGCCGCACCUUGUCCCACGCCUGGCCGACCCCGAGGGCAAGGGUACGUUCCGCUUCCUGUUCAGCACCCCGCUGCCGGAGAGCGCGGUUGCGCCGUACUUGACCGAGUUGGCGGCCAAGGUCGAGCCGCUCGGUGUCAAGGUCGGUAGCUAUCCCCGCUGGGGGAAGAAACGGAACACAGUGACGUUGGUGGGCGCCGAUAAAGCGUUCUUGGAGUCGCUGGUGCCGGAGGUUGAGGAAGGCGUGCAGGGCAAGCACGUUGAGAAGGAGGAUGAGCUGGAUCCUCCGUCGGAUUCGGAGCACAUCUAUAGUCAGUAG